AUGUAUACUUGUAAUACUUGUGGGCUCCAGUUUGGGUCUGCUGAUGACCAAAGAUUGCAUAUGAAGUCAGAAUGGCAUCGUUACAAUUUGAAAAGACGGGUAGCGCAGUUACCACCAAUCAACGAGGAGACAUUCAAUCAGAAGGUCAAGGUGUUGGCAGAGGCACCAGAGAAGGAGAAAACCAAGCAAACGACUAAGAAAGAGGCCCGCAGACGUGAGAAAGAGCUGCUUUUGGAAAAGAAGAAGAAACUUUUAGAAGCUGCAAGGGAGAGUAUACUGCAGAAUAUGGGGAAAAGCGAGCUUGUCGUUGAGCCAGAGUUUGAGCCAGUAAGUCACCCUGCUGUCGAAAUUGCGGCUGAUGCAGCUCAAACGAGCGAAGACGUUGCGGAACAACUGAUGGAACAAAAGCUGGCUCAAAGAGUCGAAAUUGCUCCAGAAACCUGUCUAUUCUGCAGAAAUCGGGUCGCCAAAAGCCUUGAGGACAAUUUGGAUCACAUGUUCAAGUCUCAUGGGUUUUACAUCCCAGAACAGAAAUAUCUCGUAGACAAGCCGGGGCUCGUCAAGUACCUGUCUGAAAAGAUAGGUCUGGGUAACAUCUGUCUCGUGUGCAGCUUCCAAGGUCGCUCACUUGAGGCCGUGCGCGCCCACAUGCUUGCCAAAAAUCAUUGCCGUGUACCGUAUGAGUCCGAAGACGAAAAGCUGGAGAUCUCUGAGUUUUAUGACUUUACUAGUUCCUACGCUGACACCGACGCGACUGACGCGGCUCAGGGAGGCGACGGGGAUGAUGAAGACUGGGAAGAUGUCGCCAGUGAUGAAGAAGGCGGCGACCUCGACGAAGCACCUCCUCAGGAAUACCUAUACAAUGACGGUAACGAACUCCACCUACCCACCGGCGUCAAAGUGGGCCACCGGUCGCUACAGAAAUAUUACAGACAAAACCUCAAGCCCGAGACAGUACUCACCGAAGGUCAAGGCACUGUAAUCGCUGCGGAAACUAGGCAUUUUGCUAAGCUAUUCGACAGAAAAGAAGUGGCUACCCAGAAGAGAGUAUGGCAAACAGAAAUCAAAAACAAGAAACUCCACGACAAGCGAGGCGCUAAAUUCAUCAAUCAACAAAAGCAUUACAGGGAUCAACUAUUGCAGUGA